GACACUGUUUAUUCAUAAGGAUAAUGCAGAGCUUCCGAUUUCUCUGAGUGUAAUAUUUGAACUGUUUGAAUGGAAGAUAUAUUGUUAUACUUCAAGUCUCGAGAAGAUUGCUAAGAAAAGAAGACCACAGGUGCAAGGUGAGCCAUAA